UAAAGUCAUAAUUGAUUAACUCAUAAAAUAUGGAUUUUAUAAAGACAAAAUUAACAGCUCGUCGGAAUUACAACAAAUUCGACAGUUCUGGUGAAGAAAAAGUUAAAAGAAAGUUUAUCGAUGGUUUUAGAGAAGCUUCUAGAGCGUCAAUCAGUCAAGUCAUUGAUAAUCAAAUUUUCGACUCACACUCACAUGAGAACAGCAACAAUCAUUGGCAAAAUCAAUCUACUUUUGGUGACAGAAAACGCAAACUCGCUGACAAAAAUCCAAAAAAUCAGAGAAAAAUCGUAAAAUUCAAUGAAAAUUCUCAAAUUGUCAAAACAAGUCCGAAUUCCAUAUUGAAUGAUUAUAAGCCGAACUGCGUCACAAAAAAUCUAAACUAUUCAGAAUUUGAAGUAACAAAAUCAACCAAGAAGGUCCCAAAAAUCCCAAACUUUGAUGAAAUUGAAAAUAUUUUUGAUGAACCGAGUCAACAAUUUUUAGAAAAAGUGCCCAAAAAUAAGUUUUUGAGAAUUAAAAAAAAUCCAAAAUAUUUAAAAAGUUUACAAAACUCAAAAACAAUCAAAACUAAGACAAUCUCAACAUCUAGUCAUGAGAAUAUUGAGAAUCUCCAAUUCUCAGACACUUUUAAAGCCUUAAAUACUGAAUCAACCUCAACAGUCACAAGUUUGAGGCUACCAAGAGAAGUUGUACUGAAAUCAGCAGAUAUUUCACUUAAAAACUCAAUCCGACUAAAAUUAAAGUCUGUUGGAAAAAUCAUCAAAGCUUUGAAGCCAUCAAAAAGCUAUCAAGUCCAACAAAUUGAAGACACAACCAUGAGAGUCAAAAAAUUGUCAGACAUGCCAAAAUACCGACGAAUCAGAUCACAGUCAGUUGAUGGAAGGAUUGAGGAGGAACUUACAGCAGAUUUGAGAGAGAUUUUACAGGAAUCGGCAUUGAGGACGUCAAAAAGUAGUGAAAAUUUUUAUGAUAUUGUGGAUUAUGAGGCAGUUGACUUUGAAAAUGUCUAUGAGGAUGUAGGCUCGAAAAAUGACAAUUAUAACCUGAAAAUUGAGGCAUUUAAUCCACAAAAGUUCAUUAUGGAAAAUUUGGAUCAAACACAGGACUUAGUAGAUCACAAUUUGAGUUUCAUGGUAAGCAGCAAUGCAUCAACCCCAAAAAGAGGACAAGUUAAGGAAAAUGUAACUUCAAAUCAUCAAAAUAAGCUUAGAACCUUCCACACAAGUCCAUAUGUCAGUAAAUUCGCAAGAUCAGUACAUAAAUACAGUCAGAAUAAGAGCUUCAUUGACAUGACUUUUUUGAAUGACGAAACAUCGAUGUAUAUCCAAGAAUCGGAACUUAAUGGAUAUAGAGACACGUCUGAGAAGUUUAAACCAUCAAUAUCAGGUCGAAAAUCAUACAAAUCAAGCAAUGAGUUCAGAAAUAUUGCAUCAUAUACUGAGAUUACUUACGAUAUUGUCAAAAUGAACCGAAGUAUUGAGAAGAGUCUGCAGGAUGUUGAACAAGGUUUGUCAUACGUUUCAGCAGAUAGUCAAGCAUUUAGCAUCAAAAAUCAAAGUUUGACCCCAAGAAGCUUGAAUUUCACAAAUAUUCAAUCAAGUUUGGACAUCCUUGCAGUAAAUCCGAGCAGAUUGACAUCACAUCCAUCAAGGUUCGCGCCAAAAAUGACUAGUUUUGAGGCUAGUUGUCCAAAAACUGAGCCAGCAACAUUAUCAAGUCACACCAACCCUCCAGAUGUAGUCAAAAUGAUAAACUUUGAGGUUAAACAGCAAAAAGAUUUAAAGACUGAGCAGACCAACCAGAAAUCACUUGAAAACUCAACAAUCGAUUCACUACGAAGAGAAAUUGAGGAUCUAAAACUCCAGAUCCACCUUAAAGACCUCAAAAUCGACCAACUUGAAAAAUGCGAAAAACUCAAAAACAAGCAAAUUGAAAAAAUCACAAAAAUUGCCGAAAAAAAAUUCUCAGAAGUUCAAAAACGAGAAAAUUUGCUGAAAAUCAUCAAAAUUCAAGCUGAAGUAUCAAACAAUGUUGCAAAAAUCAAAACAGAACUAAGCAUGAAGUCACUGGAAGUUGAAAAAUUGAAAGAAAAUUUGACAAAAAAGAACGAAAAAUUUGCAAAAAUUGGGAAAAAAUUAAAGUCCAAAAAUUCAGAGCUGGAAAGUCAACAGCUUAAAAUUGAGGAACUACAAAAAACAUCAAAUUUGCGAUCAAAAGAACUUGCAGUCAUGGCUAAAUGCUGGGAAGAAUCACACGAAUUUGCAUGCACGCUUUACGAAGCCAAACGAGACGAAUGGAAGCAAAAAUUGCUGGAUUUGAAGAAAGUCAUCAACAAUUUAGAACUUAAAGUUGACAAAGAGGAACCAAAGUUACUCAAAACUCUUAAAAAGAGGACAUUCAGCACAUCAGCAAAGCCAAAAGAUGUCAAUGAAGUUACAAAAAAAUUUAUUCAUAAAAAUUUCGAAGCUGAAAUGGUGCCAAGGCUCAUAAAACGCUUAGACAGCAUUAACCUGGCUGAUAAUGAGGACAAUAUUGGAACCAAGAGGAGUAAAAUGUCGACCGACUUAGGAAAUGUAUCGUUUUGAGGCUUAGAUGACUUUGAAAUAAAUAUUUUAUUUGAACAAUUGUUUUGUACAUUUUAGACGUGAAUUGAAUAAAAGUAUUUUAUGG